AUGGACCCUGUGACAGCGGCGGGACUAGCCCUCGCGGUUCCGGGCCUAGCCUUCCAGGCAUUCGCAGGCUGUGUCCAGGGGUUCGUGAUCCUGUCGACGGCGCACAACUUCGGGAAAGAUGCCACGUUCCUUCGGACCAUACUCAAUGUGGAGGAAUACCGGUUUGUCCAAUGGGCGGAUGCGGUCGGCUUGACGGCAACUGAGGGCCGGAUGUCACCUCGGAUCAACCACGUUCUGGCAGAAGAGCUGUUGGUCCACUUGAAGGAUAGACUGGACAGUUCCAAGCUGAAGCAGCGAUACUCGCUUGACCUUCGCCCUGCUGAAAGUUCGGUCCAGGGGACAACGGGGGACAUAAAAGUCGAUCCGGAAGCCCCGGAUGUUCUUGCGAAAGCAGUGUCCCAUGGACGGCGGGCGGAGAUUAUCGAGCGAGCAAGAUUGAUUCAGGGUCGGACACAGUUCCCAAAGCGAUUGUGGUGGGCGGUUAUUGACAAGACCAAAUUCCAAGACCUUAUCCUCGAUGUGAGGCAGAUUGUUGAUUCCCUGUGGAAUCUGCUUGAGCCGGUCCGUCUGAGAGAGCUGUCUCAGCAAGUUGGACAAACCCUCACCGCGGUGGUUGAUAUGAGUCAUGAUCUAGAAGCCUUAAAAGGCCUCCAAGCCAGCUUCACCGGAAAGCACGUCAAGCUCCCAGAAGAUGCGAUUCUUUCGGCGGCGGUUGACCUGAAGGUGGUGCGGGAACAGCUUCCAGGAGAGAGCACCAGGGACUCGGACCCAAUUCCAUUGUACUCAGCAGGUCCAGAGCCUUUGAAACCCCUGAAUAGAAGUUUCCUCAAGCGAGCGUCCGGCACCCGAGGCGCGAGAGGCACGUUCAUCGCCGAGUAUGACGGGAAGCCGGUGUUGUGCGAAACGAAGGUCGUCCAUGGACGAAUGAAAUCGAAACUGCGACUGCGAUCCGAGAACCUUGCAAGGCUGUUAUCAUUGCCGAAGGGCCCAUCGUUUAUGACCCUUCAAUGUCUUGGAUUUGUGGAAGAUAUGGACGAAUUUGUCUUUCUGUACGACUAUCCACCCGGAUCGGAUCUCAGUGCUCCGCCUCGAUCCCUCCAGGAUUUGCUCCGUGACUCAAAGAUGAAACUACCCAGCGCGACGGCGAGAUUGAAGCUGGCUUUGGAGAUUUGCAGCACGCUUUUGACUGUACACACGUCGGGGUGGCUUCACAAGAACAUUCGGUCCGAGAAUAUCCUAUUCUUCACACCCUGCCAUCCGUGCGCCACCAUCGCAGCCCUCCCGCAGCCGUAUCUGACGGGAUUCACAUUUGCACGAGCCGAUUCUCCGAUCGAAAUUAGCGAUCAAGCAUCCGAGGAUCCGCUGUCGGAUAUCUAUCGACAUCCAGAGGCCCUUGGGGAACCCUCCAUGUCGUAUGCCAUGUGCAUGGACCUCUACUCACUGGGAGCUGUUAUGGUCGAGAUUGCGGAAUGGCGACCACUCAAGCAUAUCAUCAAAAGACACGUUGAUGUCGGCAAGAAGGAUGUUGACAUUUCUAUCUCAGCUCUGGCGGGGACGCGGAAUUGGCUACUGCACGAAUUUGUGGAUCGUGGGCAGGUUGAGUUCCGGAUGGGGGACGUCUAUGGGGGUGGUGUUUCGAGGUUCCUGAGAUCGGAGCCCAAGGAGACAGAUAACGGUUCAUCAACGUCGGAUCUGCUUGCUUUUCAGAGGUUUGUACAUGAGUUGAGCCUUUGCUGUGUUUGAUUUGAAUAAACCGGGUGAAGAUGGACACCACCAACCACCAACUGCCACCUCACAUUGGAAGGGAGGUAAACAAUGGCCCCAACACGUGAAUUCGACGCGAUUCUCAGCACAGGUGACACUACUGAGGAGACGUCUGGAAGCAGCAGAACCAAAGUUGACAUACAGGAGAAUGGGAGAAGAAAUAAUCGGGAGGGGGACGGACAAGCGGGGACGGAGGAAGGAGAGAGAUGUUGCGGGGCGAUGACCGAUUCGCUCAGCCCCAGCUGAACUAUUCACUGUAGUCAGAGAUGGGGAUUACUUGCGAAGCCGUCAGUUGGACUCGGUUGGGAGAUGCUGCUCGGAUGAUUCGGAGAGUGGUGCGAGGACACUGGCUGAACCUGCCAUUGACCGCGAUUGGAUCCGCAAUUGCCGGCACUGUACCCAAUAUAAC